AUGAAAAUGAAAAAGUUAAAAAAUGAACAAACAACAUCUGAUGAAGACAAAUAUGCAAAAUAUUCAAAGGGAAAAGGGGAAAAAGUAUUACCUAUAAGAUGUUUACCAUCUGUUUUACCAAACUCAUUAGAAUCUGUUUAUUUUGUUAAUUAUAGGGCAGUAGUAGUAAAAACAAAACAUUAUUAUGUUACUCAAAAUUCAUACAUGCUUUUUGGAGAUGUUUUUAAAAUAUAUAAUUUAAAGGGUGAAAUUAAAAAAAUUCAUGCAUUUUUUCCAGGAGAUGAAAACAAUUUAUCAGAUACAUUAAUUAUGCUAAAAACAACUAUUGUGGCAGUUACCACUUCAAAAGGGGAAGCUCUGAGGGUAGCAGAUGAAAUUGAAAUGACAUGUAAAAUUUGUCAUAAAAAAAGAAAAGCAACCAAAUUUUCCAUAGAAGGAUUUUUAAGGAAAGUAAGAUGUGAUACAUGCAGAGUAAAGCCUCGUAGUGUGAUAGCUAAAACAAAUAAUACAAAAAAAUUAAGUAAUUAUAAAAAUGAAAAUAAUAGCAAUAAUAAUGAUGUAUCAUCAGAUAAUAAAAAAAUUAACUCUUCAUAUGAUAAUAGUAGCAUUAAUAAUAACAAUAAUAGUAUUAAUACUAAUACUACCAAUACUACUACUAAUAAUAGUAAUAAUAAUAAUAUAAAUAAUAAUAAUAUUAAUAAUAACGAUAAUAGUAAUAUUAAUAAUAAUAGUAUUAAUAAUAAUAAUAAUAAUAAUAAUAAUAAUAAUAAUAAUAAUAAUAAUAAUAAUAAUAGUAAUAUUAAUAAUAAUAAUAAUGGUAAUAUUAAUAGUAAUAAACAACAUUUGUGCACAUAUAAUUCGAAAUCUAGUAAUAAUACAAAUUCAUUAUUAAAAAAUAGUAGUUAUUCUAACAACAAUAAUAAUUCUUGUAAUAGCAAUGGUGGUAAUAAUACCAAUAAUACUAAUCAAAUUGAAUCAAAAAAUAGAGAUGAAAUUAUUGCAAUGAUAAUUGAAUUAAUCAAAUAUAUAUCUUGGAUGCAAAAGGCAUUGAUAAAAGCAUCAAAAGGAAAUUAUGUUAUUGAUAAUUCAGAAGUAAAUAUAGAAAAAAUAUCAAAAGUAGUUCAUUCAGCUCAAGAAUUAUGUAAUAAAUUAUUAUAUCAAAAAGCUUUAGUAGAACCUUCAAACAAUCACCUAAAUUUAACUUCUUUGAUACCUUUUUAUAAUAAUACACCUAACAAUAAUUUCAGAGUGAAAUAUUCUAAUCUUUAUGAAAAUAAAUUUAGUAAUAUUAACAGAACAAAUGAAAAUAAUAUAAAUAAUUCUAGUGCUUCCAAUUUAUUUAACAACAUUAUCAAUCAAAAUAAUAUAACCUCCUCUAAUAAUAGUAAUAAUAAUAAUAACAGAAAUAAUAAUAAUAAUUUAGAUGUAGAUUCUACGAGUAAUUUUAACAAUAUUAAUUCUAAUGUUUUACCAUAUUAUCCUAAUGCGUGUCAACUCAACUGCUUGCCAUCUAUUUCCUCUUCAAGAAAUGAUGAAAGAGCUAAUCAAUUUAUUAAGAAUGAAAAUAGCUAUAUUUACAGAAAUAAUAAAAACGAAGAUUUUUCUGAUAUGCCUAAUGCAAAAAAUAACUAUUACAAUGAAAAGCCCGAUUUUUUGUUUUCAACUUUGUCAAAACAAUAUAAUUCAAAUGUAAAUAUAUCUUUUUCUAAUAUAAAUGAUUCAGUGUCUAAUUUUUAUAGAACUGUUUCAAAAAAUUAUAAUUUAAGGGAUACCAUUUUAAAUUUUGAGAAGUAA